UUCAACAUUUAUGCUCUUUUUGUUAUCUGGGUGGAAGACACAAUCAGGAUGGCUUCUACAAGUAAAAGAAAUUCUGCAGUGAGAAUUCAAAAUACAUUUUGCCCUGAAGGUGGAGUCUGCAAGCACGGAUUCCUCAUCAAAUCACCACCUCUUCAACUUUUCAGCUCACAGAAUUCCUGGAAAAGGCGUCUGUUUGUCCUGUCCAAGUCCAGCACAGGGAAUUACAUCCUGAAGUAUCUAAAAGGCCAAAAUGUGAAAGGCUCCAUAGCUGUUGACCAAAUCAUAAGUAUUCAAGUUGGCAUAAGUAAUGCUGAAAUUAUGGAAACGGUGAGGAAGAUGUUUAAAUGCCUUCCUGAGCAGGUGAUGUCCAUCAGCACUGGAAGCAGAUGUUACUACCUCGUUGGGGACAGCAGGCAGGAAAUAGAUGACUGGGUCACUCUGAUAUCUUCCGUCUGCAGGGAGGACAAAAGAAGUGGAUGCUGCCCUCAGAACCAAGAUCUUCCAAAUCCAGAAGUCAGAAGCCGGACUUCCUCUUUGCCCCUAUUUUUGAGUUCUGUAGAUAUGGCCAGCUUUCCAGACAGGCAAAGCUGCCAGAAGGAGAAUGGCUCCUCAGAAGACAAGAACAGGCCUUAUUCAGAUCCUGGCCCCCAUCAGGCUCAGUGUGACUCACCAAGAGGAGUUUUCCCAAGCCUGGAUAAAAUUCUGGGAAGAAGUGAGGAAAACCUGCUGUUGUCAGAUCCAGAGGAAAACAUGAAAAAGGAUGAAGAAGAUUAUUACCAAACUCCCAGCAGUGUUUUAGCUAAGUGCACAAUUGAAGGAUCAAAGCCUGACCCUACAGCUGAGUCUGAUGUCCCUGUGCAAGAGAAGCCAGUGCAGAACAGCCCAGUAAAGGAGAACAUUUAUAUGUCAAUGAAAUCAAUGUAACUCACGUGCAGACGUGAUGGGCUCCCAUCCCCUCCCCAAUGCCAGAGCAACAGUGCAUGUCCAAGAGACUUGGAAGCAGACAGAGGCACAAAAUUCCCAGAAAGCAGCACCAGCCUGCAGCCAACCCUCCAGAGAAGGCAAAGCUCAUUACCCCUCUCAGUGGUUCACUUGUCUAUACUGCUCAGUCAAGUUACAGAUGAGAUGCAGCUGCAGAAAUUGGAUAUUUUCAUACCCCUGGCUGAUAUUAACAAUUACCUAAAACUUACUGAAGCAGCAGGACGAAUAUGUGUCUCACACUGGGCUGGUCCUCUCAGGCUGGGGUGCUUGUUCAACCACGGAGACCACGUGGUGGCCGUGAAUGAUCUGCAGCCCCAGGGUGUGGAGGAGGCUUACUUCUUCAUCAGCAGGUCCACGAGAAAGGAGGUGAAACUUACUGUAUGUAGGAUUCCACAUUCAUAUACCUUCCAUGCUAAAGGCUGCUCAUGUUCCUGAAAAAAAUGACCUCA